AUGGCGACUACAAUGGACAAGAUCAAAGAGAUCGAGGCCGAGAUGGCCCGAACUCAAAAGAACAAGGCAACCUCGUUUCACUUGGGACAGUUGAAGGCGAAGCUUGCAAAGCUAAAACGAGAACUAUUGACCCCGAGUGGUGGUGGAGGUGGCGGAGGUGUUGGUUUCGAUGUUGCCCGGACCGGUGUUGCUAGCAUUGGCUUUAUCGGAUUUCCCUCCGUCGGCAAGAGUACUUUGAUGAGCAGGCUGACGGGCCAGCAUUCUGAAGCUGCCGCGUAUGAAUUCACCACCUUGACGACUGUUCCUGGACAAGUGAUGUACAAUGGCGCCAAGCUUCAGAUACUUGACCUUCCGGGUAUCAUUGAAGGUGCCAAGGAUGGCAAAGGACGCGGACGGCAGGUUAUUGCCGUUUCCAAGACGUGCCAUCUCAUCUUCAUAGUGCUUGAUGUGAAUAAGCCUCUGUCCGACAAGAGAGUUAUUGAACGGGAAUUGGAAGGCUUUGGUAUCAGAAUCAACAAGCAGCCCCCCAACAUUGUUUUCAAGAAAAAAGACAAGGGUGGCAUUUCCAUCACCAGCACCGUUCCACUGACACAUAUUGACCAAGACGAAAUAAAAGCUGUGAUGAACGAAUACCGGAUCUCGUCAGCGGAUAUCUCCAUCAGAUGUGAUGCUACCAUUGAUGAUCUCAUCGACGUUCUUGAGGCGAAGAGUCGGAGCUACAUCCCCGUCAUUUACGUUCUGAACAAGAUAGAUUCGAUCUCCAUCGAGGAAUUGGACCUUCUGUACCGGAUUCCAAAUGCAUGCCCCAUCAGCUCGGAGCAUGGCUGGAACAUUGAUGAACUCUUGGAAUUGAUGUGGGAAAGGCUUAAUCUGCGAAGAGUAUACACCAAGCCCAAGGGGAAGGCUCCGGACUACACGGCUCCUGUUGUGCUCAGAGCCCAUGCUUGCACAGUCGAAGAUUUUUGCAAUGCCAUCCACAGGACGAUUAAAGAUCAGUUCAAACAUGCCAUUGUCUAUGGCCGCUCGGUAAAGCACCAACCUCAAAGGGUGGGCCUCUCUCAUGAACUCGCGGAUGAAGAUAUUGUGACGAUUAUCAAGCGGUAA